AACUAGAUCUUAAUCUCAUCCUCCUUCAAUAUCAACCAUGAGUUCAAUGCUGUUCUUGAAGUAGUGGCUUAGAGUUGUUCAUAACUUCAUAUCUUCCUGCUAGCCUUGGCUUAUUAGUGUGUGGGUGCGCAAUAGUAUCAUUCAUUCUUAAAAUCUAAUUAAUAUUCUAGAACAAACCUCUCUUCUGCUCCACACUAGAGAGGGAAAAGCCAUGGCUGCACAAGCUCUUGUUUCUUCAUCAUCUCUUGCAUUCUCAGCUGAGGCUGCCAAACAGAGCCUUGGAGCAAGAUCACUCCAAUCUCCUAUUGGAUCCUCCAGAAAAGGCUCCUUCAUUGUCAAGGCAGCUUCUACUCCUCCUGUCAAGCAAGGAGCAAAUAGACCCUUGUGGUUUGCAUCAAAGCAGAGUCUUUCUUACUUGGAUGGCAGCCUUCCAGGUGACUUUGGAUUUGACCCACUAGGACUCUCAGACCCUGAAGGAACAGGAGGGUUCAUCGAGCCAAAAUGGCUAGCAUACGGUGAGAUAAUCAACGGUCGCUUCGCAAUGUUGGGUGCAGCCGGUGCCAUCGCGCCUGAAAUUCUCGGCAAGGCCGGUCUGAUUCCAGAGGAAACAGCACUCCCAUGGUUCCAAACCGGUGUGAUUCCACCUGCAGGAACAUACAGCUACUGGGCAGACUCAUACACGCUGUUUGUGUUGGAGAUGGCGCUCAUGGGCUUUGCGGAGCACAGGAGGUUCCAAGACUGGGCCAAGCCCGGGUCCAUGGGCAAGCAGUACUUCUUGGGCCUGGAGAAAGGCCUCGGAGGCUCCGGUGACCCGGCGUACCCUGGCGGGCCUUUCUUCAACCCUCUUGGGUUCGGUAAGGAUGAGAAAUCCAUGAAGGAGUUGAAGCUCAAGGAAGUUAAGAAUGGAAGGUUGGCCAUGUUAGCAAUCUUGGGUUACUUUAUUCAAGGCCUUGUCACUGGUGUUGGGCCUUACCAAAACCUCCUAGAUCAUCUUGCUGACCCUGUCAACAACAAUGUCUUGACCAGUCUCAAGUUCCACUGAAUCUAAUUAAUGUAUGUAUCAAUCUAUGUAUAUGUAUGUUGUUACAUAUAUAUUCAUUACUCUCGGUUGUUGUUGGGGACUAGAGCAUCAUCGUGUGUACCUUUUGUUCCAUGGUGUGGUGUUGUAAGGAAAUGAUCGACAUGUAAAAGAACUAGAACUAUUCAGCAUCCUGUGUUUGCAUAGAUUCCUAA